GAGAGAUGGAUAGAGAGAGAGGUGUCACGUCAAGGCUCGAGAAUCUAUGUCCCCCUAUUAAAGAAUCGACCGAGCUCAUCCAUCGAGCUCGCGGCCGGACGGAGGUGCAUCUGAUCUGACAUCUUCGUCUCCACCUUGUCGACCGAAGCAGGAAGGAAUGGCCGGCAAGGUCUCCAACUUCUCCGAUCUGAUACAGCGCGUGACCGCCUCCUGCCUGCUCCAUCCGCUGGCGGCGGGGACGCGGCACGACUCCGGCGAGCUCGCGAGCGACUCGGACGACGGGGAGAGAGAAUGCGGCUCUCCGCUGGGAAUUGAAGACACGGAAGAGGAAGAGGAGGAGGAGGAGGGAGAGGAGGGGGGAGAGAAGGUCGUGGAGCGGAGCAAGAGGGAGGCCAGGGCGGAGAGGCUGGUGGCGGAGAUGGAGGCGAUUAUGAACGACGUGUUCGACACGGUGUCGGCGAUGAAGAGGGCCUACGGGAGCCUGCAGGAGGCGCAUUGCCCCUGGGACGCGGAGAAGAUGAGGGCCGCCGACGUGGCGGUGGUGGCGGAGCUGAGGAGGCUCGCGGUCCUGAGGGAGAGGUACCGGCGGAGCCUGAUUUGCCACGGCGGCGGUAGGAGGAGGGUGGGUAGCCGCCCGGCGGAGGUGAGGGAGGUGGUGGCGCCGUACGAGGCGGCGCUGGAGGAGAUGAAGAGGGAGGCGAAGGCCAGGGAGGUGGAGGUCGACAACUUGAAGGAGAAGCUCCGGAGCUCGACCAGUCUCAAUGCAAGGAAAGGACGGUCUCUGUCGAAGAGGAGACUCAGCUGCACUCAAUCUCAAGCCCCGGCGUCGCCGGCGCCGGAGCUCUUCGAAGUGACGAUGAGCCAGGUCCGGGAGGCCUCCAAGUCCUUCACCUCGCUCCUCCUCUCGCUGAUGCGCGCCGCGCACUGGGACAUCGCCUCCGCGGUCCGCUCGAUCGAGGCCGCGGGGGGCGGCGCCGCCGCCGCCGCCGCCGCCGCGAACGCGUCGAUCGUCGGGGUCCACCACGCCAAGUACGCGCUGGAGUCCUACGUGGCGCGCAAGAUCUUCCAAGGGUUCGACCACGAGACGUUCUACAUGGACGGGAGCCUGUCGUCGCUGCUGAACCCGGGGCAGUACCGGCGGGACUGCUUCGGGCGGUACCGGGACAUGAAGGCCAUGGACCCGGUGGAGCUGCUCGGGGUGCUCCCCAGCUGCGACUUCGGCAAGUUCUGCGCCAAGAAGUACCUGGCGAUCGUGCACGCCAAGAUGGAGGAGUCCUUCUUCGGCAGCCUGGAGCACCAGCAGCAGGUCGGCGGCGGGGGCCACCCGAGGACGGAGUUCUACGGCGAGUUCCUGAAGCUGGCCAAGGCGGUGUGGCUGCUCCACCUGCUGGCGUUCGCGCUCGACCCGGCGCCCAGCCUGUUCGAGGCGAGCCGAGGGGCGGAGUUCCACCCGCAGUACAUGGAGAGCGUGGUCAGGUUCUCGGGCGGGCAGGUGCCGGCGGGUCACGUGGUCGGGUUCCCGGUGAGCCCCGGGUUCAAGCUGGGGAACGGGUCGGUGGUCAAGGCUAGGGUUUAUUUGGUGUCCAGAGUGUGAGAUUGGAGUUGCAAUUUUCCUUAAUUUUCUGGUUUAGAUCUUAUGGAAUAGGCUGUAGCCCACCGGAGACUGCUUUCUUUUUCGGGUUUUGUAUUUUUGGUAGUGCACUAAUAAUUUAUGCUUUAGUUGGAGGUUAGGUGUUUUGUAUCUGUCUCCUGUCAUGGGGAUGUGGGGGGAGGCUUUAUGGACCUGCGGGUCCUGGUUCGGUUAUGGAGUGGACCGUUUGAUGUAAGCGUCGCGAGCUGUACAUACUACCAGGCUCCAAGGCCCCUCUCGGCUGGCGCGGAGAGGGUGGAAAAGCGCUCUUGUUUUAGCCC